AUGGCUUCAGCGUCCGCCGAGGACACGGGUUUCGUGCCCGCGCUGAUUAUAGUAGAUAUGCAGGAAGACUUCUGCCCACCCAGCGGGUCUCUCGCCGUACAAGAAGGCCGGACCAUCGCACCACUGAUCAACUCACUCCUCGCAAAACCAGGGUUCGUGACACGCGUCGCAACACAGGACUUCCACCCGCCCGACCACAUCUCCUUCGCGCCCAACCACCCCGCGCCCAACAACAAGCCCUUCGAGUCGUUUAUCACAAUGCACAACCCGGCCCCGGGCAAAGAAGCCGAAACAAAGCAACAACAACUCUGGCCUGUGCAUUGCGUCGCCGGCACCCCCGGCGCGGAGAUGAUCCCCGAGAUUGACAUCGACAAGGUCGAUCGCUUCGUGCACAAGGGCCAGCACGCGCAGGUCGAGAUGUACUCGGCCUUUGCGGAUAAUUUUGGGAAUUUAGAUCCGGCUAUCACGGCCAAGUCGGUCAAUGAGGAUCUGGCCGCUGCGCUCAGGACCUACAAUGUGACGGAUGUGUUUGUUGUUGGGCUGGCGGGGGAUUACUGUGUUAAAUACACGGCCAUCGAUGCGGUCAAGGCUGGCUUUCGUAGCUGGAUUGUCGAGGAGGCGACCCGGUGCGUUGUGCCGGCCGGAUGGGACAAGGCGAAGGAGGAGCUGGCGGCGGCGGGUGUCCAGGUCAUUUCCGCCGAUGCGCCGCAGAUCCAGAGACUGGCAGUCCCGUAG